AGCCGAAGAUGUCGGCUCAGUCAUGUGAUCAGCUGUGUUCAAUCACAGCUGAUCACAAGAGACAUCUACACUGAUCAUCAGGGCACUGAUGAUCAGUGUGCCCUGAUGAUCAGUGUGGCCCCAGAAGUGCCACCUGUCAGUGCUCAUCAGUGCCAUGUGCCAGUGCCCAUCAGUGCCACGUGCCAGUGCCCAUCAGUGCCACAUCAAUGCCACAUAUCAGUGCAUACCAGUGCACAUAAAUGCCACAUAUCAGUGCCCAUCUGAGCUACCUUUCAAUGUCACCCAUCAGUUUCAGUCAGUGCCACCUAUCACUGCUGCCAAUCAGUGCCACCUAUCAGUG